CUGAAGCCUACACCGCCCAUGAAAAUCUUCCACUUCCUCGCGCAGACAGUAGGCAUCCUAAUCUAGGUCAAGUACUUCUGGAAGGGGUGGGGUCGGUCUCCAAGAAAGUGAGUUGCACCCCCCAAGGACAACUGGCCACAACCGAAUCGACUUUGGUAUAAAAACGUGAAUUAUGGAAGGAACAGAGCACAGUUAAGUUGUGAUUCCAAAAGCCAAAGAAACAGUUUGAGAUCACCACCAUGAUCGCUGGUCUGAUAUUCUCUCUUGUGGCCUCUUGUGCCCUAGCUGCUCCUUAUGCAGCCCUCCACUCUGGAGUAGGAAUUUUGGGACCUGCCUAUGCUGCCCCAGUAGUGGGAGCCCAUGUAGCAGCGCCUGAACACACUCUGUCUUACACUGCAACCAACGUGGAUGGUCCUACUGGUGCUAUCAAACAACAAACUGCUGUUGGCAAGGACCACCUUGGCGGUCACAUCAUCAGACACUCCGCACAAGCCACCAAUGUCGAUCCCCAUUCAGGACAAUCUGAUGUCAAGACUGACGAACAUGAAUUCCACAUCAACCCCUACAUAGGACAAGCUGCAGUUCACACUAGCAGCGCUCAAGGAUCUCUCAAUCCAACCGUUGGCAAGGCUGUUUUUGCUCAAAAGACGCAUGAGGCCGCCAUCGCACCUGGACAUGCUUCUCUCGCCGAUACUGCUGAUACAGCUGCCGUUUCUCCUCAUGGCACUGCUGCCAGCCAAGACGUCAACGCAGCCAGGACAGACAUCGUCCACGACGGAAUUGCCAAGAACGCUCACAAUUCCCACAAGAGCUACAUCAAUAUCAACGGAGUUGGAGGUGCUGCUAAGGCUGCAGAAACCAACCACAGAAGCUUCGAUGGACCCGGAUAUGGCAACCUCCACUACGACAGCCAGGCAGCUGACCAAGCCUACGAUGCCUUAGGACAUGCCUCUGCCAACGAAGCUGGUUACAAACUUGACCAGGCCUAUGAUGCCAGAGUCAACCUUGGCGCAAGCAACGAAGUUUCUUACAGCCGAAAUGCCGGACAUGAUCCUUUUGGAAACUAUGCAUCUGUUACCCAGUCCAGACAAGCUACCCAAGGAGGUCAGUUGGUACCAGUUGUUGCUGAGCAACCAGCCGUCUACAUCAGCCAACCAACAGUCGUAAAGUCUGCACCAGUUGUCUACAGCGAGCCUGAAUCUUACAUCGUAUCUAAGGAAGCUCCAGUUGCCUAUCAGAAACAGGCUGCUUUUGUCUACAGUGAGCCUGCACCAGUAGUCUCUUACCAGCAGCAUUCUUCCCUCGCCUAUGAGCCAUCAGUUGUUUACAAGCAACCUGUUGUCUAUGGCGGUCAUGGUUAUUACCGACACGGGUACUAAAUACCCACUAUCCAAUGUUAACAACAUGGAAACAGAGGUUGAUUUAUCAACGGGUACCGGAAUGUCUAUUAAUAGAUAGGCUUUGGAAACAUGAAACAUCUGAGUGCUGUAACUCUUUAACUAUUCGUAAGUAAUAACGGCUAAAAGAGCAUGAAUAAUGCAAAAAUUAGAGAAACACAAUAAAAAAAAUUAUAUUAUUUUCCAUUUUCAUUUAGAAAGAUAAUUUUAUUGAUCCUAAAUAAGAAACAAUAAUUAUUUGAUUUGUAAAAUUACUUGAUAAUACAACUUGAAUAUUGUUAUAUAAAUCCACACCGUGUUUUGAUGCCAAUAAUGACUUUUAAAAAUUACAUAUUUGAUUUUAAAUUAUGCUAACAAAUUAUAAUAAUAAAGAAAAAGCAAUUCUAAUUAAUAGAAGGAUUUCAUUUCUAAAAAGCUUUUCAAAGCCAGUUUUAUUGCUUUCGCAUAUUUACAUUCAUUGUGCAAGAGACAUUCUAUUGCUCCCGUGAUGAGACCAACUUCCUAUUUAUAAGUAUGUGUUUUUAAGUUCCGUGUCUCUCAUAUUUGUAUGGAAUUGAAAAUAUAUGUGUUCCACUAAAAGUUACUACCUAUGUUUGGAUUUUGCUGUUACUGCAAUUUAAUGAGAAUUAAAUAUUUUCUGUAAUAAAGAGUUCAAAAUGAAA